AUGGAUCCACCAAAGACAGCAUCUCCAGUCGGCAACAGCUACAGGCCAGAGCGCUUGCAACUGAUCCUUGUCAAAGGCGCAGACACGCUGGUGUAUAUUGACUCUCCACCGCUGACUAGCUCUUGGUCGGCUCUCCCACGCACCACAGAGUCCAUUCCGCAUCGCAUCAACAGCGAGACGCUCUGGGAGACUGGUUCCGCAUACUUCGCAGGGCUUCUGCAUCCGCGAAACCAGGCACGCACUGUCAAGCGGCGAGGGCUCGCAGGAAAGCUGGAUAGCGAUAUCAAAUAUGUCCUUGACCUCACGCCUCCUUCCUUAGACGAAGAUGCCAUCAUUUUCUUGACGGAAUUAUCGUGUCCUCUGGGGAUUAGGCUCUGGUCCCGCUAUCAGAAUCGUUUCAGCCUCCCCUCGUUUCGUGUCGGCGGGCAGGAUGAACUCGAGCAGGGUUCGGAAUCCGCCCAUUGCCCUGCCAGCAAACUUGCGCUUCCAGUCGAAUACUCUGCCUCUCGUCAUCGAAUGGCCAUUUACUGGCUGCUCAGGUCCUUUUACAGCUGGACACCGCCACUUGACACUCCCUGCAAGCUCUGGACCUACUUUGCACUGGCCAAGCUGUUCAACGUCGUCAUGGUCCCACGGGUCCGCGAGUCCAUAUUCAACUGGAUUAACGAAAGUAAUAAUACACUCCUCAUUGAAAGAAGUCCAGAAUCAACAUAUCGAGUGGCCUGCGCGAUGCAGGAUAUUGAUCUCUUACGUGAUUCCUUUUCUGUCCUCGUUGGAGAAGAGGCCUUGCUUUUACUAGCCAAUUCCGACAAGACUACCAAAGGCAAGCCAUCACAGUGCAGCUUUCACGGACGCUUUCGGGAAGAACUAGACGACGAAGAGCUCCAGCGGAUUGAAUACGCAAGCAAAAGCUUCAUGGAGCACGUUAUCAACAUCUUCCUUUAUCUUGCAGGUACUGAAAUGACCUGGAUCACUAACCUUCCAUCCGUUCGCAACAUCCUAAACUACAACCCCAAGUCAGAGAACGAGCGUGUCAUCGUCUCCAACCUCAUUGCCGAUCUCAAGACCUUCGUCCGGAAACACAUCGUGAAUGUCCUGCAGAAUGGAGGCUUGACGUGGUUCCCGCAAGCAGGGCUCGUGAAAGCCACGCAAGGAAGCGGCCAGCUGGUCAACCCCACACGGGGCCAGGGAUCCCCCAUCGACCAAGAAUACCCGUCAGAGAAGGCCCUCCAUGCGUACGGUGAAAUGCGGCCCUUUGAACGCCUGGCUUCGCGAACGUUCUGGAAGGACCUCCUCACCAGACGCACACUCGUCUACAACCCCCCACCCCCAAUCAUCGACGACAGCGACAACAUAACCUCAAUCGCCGACAUCGCCCCGCACCUCCCAGCCUUCCAAACCCAGCACGACGCAGUCCUCACCCCAAUACCCUGGAACCAGAUCGGCCAAGCAACCGAGACCUUCAACGCCCUAACCCGCACCACCACCACCACUACAACCACCAACCCACCACCCAACACAGAAGACUCCCCCAGCCCAGAACCCGACACCUUCUCCCUUUGGGAAUUCGUCGCCCAAGCCCGCGGCACAAUCCAAACCUACAGCACACAACUAGCGGAGCCCCCCCAAACCAGCAUCCAAUGCCGCAUAACAGACACGCUGACGACGCUCACCGACAACGAAUACAAGUUCCUCCCGCUGUGGGCGGGGGGCAACGACGACGGCACGGGCGGCGUUUACGCCGACCAGGACAUACCGUUUCUCGAGACGGGGGGGUUUUCUACGCCUGGACCGGCUAUUCAUAUGGGGAGUAGCGCAGUUAGACUAUACGGGGUGAAGAUAGACAUCCAUUUAUAG